AUGAAAUGGCUGAAGCCUUCUCAACUCACAAGUUCACAAAAUGAGCAUAGCCAUCCAGUCCACACCACUAAUAGCAAUGCAAGCGAAGAUCAGUGCUUUCUUCAAACCACAACCAACCCCAAAACCCUAAACCAGACGCAGCUCGUCAGCGAUCAAACCAAUAGUACAGACCCUCCUCAUAUUGACUAUGGAACUGGCAUUCAGCAGAUUGAAGCCCCAAAAGAAUGCUGUAUAGAGGCUUUUCCUUUGGAAGUCAAUUCAGUCUCAACCAAAAUUCUAAACAAGAAGAGAAGGUAUGGUCAACUGCAUUUGGAUUUGGGACAAUCUGAUUUUCUUCUCCACACUUGUUCCGUAUGUGGAUUCAAGUAUGCUCGUGGGGAUGAAGAAGAUGAGAAAGUUCACAAAGAAUUGCACAAGGAGUACACUCAAGGCAUCCAGUUCAAGGGCUGGCACAAUGAGAGGGUUAUUCAUGUGCCUUCAACCAAUGCAGGACGAAUAGUCUUGGUGCUGGAUGGAGACCCACCCGCUCACAAGAAGAAGGUCCAGAAGGUUGUGGAGAUGAUGGAGAUGGAGCUUGGAAUUGGAUGGCUUAUCCACAAGCUUUGCAAGGUAUAUCUAUUUAUUUCCCAUCAUAGGAUUGCUGGUUGUCUAGUAGCAGAACCGAUUAAAAGUGCCUACAGGGUUCUUCCAAACACGGUCAUGUCAAAAGGCCUUGGCGGUACCACUGCAAGGAAAAAUAGCUUAAAUUUUUCAGCACUUCAGUUUGGAGAUAUUAGUUUUCAGAGGGAAGCUGUGAAAGGGGCUCCUUUGGCAAAUAGUCCUAAGCCAAUAGAAGCAGACCUCAUGGGAGCAGUAUUUCUCGAAAAAGAAGCCGUAACUGCUCUAUGUGGGAUUAGAGUCAUUUGGGUUGCACCAGCCAUGAGAAAGAAACGCAUAGCCAGCCAACUGUUGGAUGCUGCAAGGAUAAGUUUCUGCAAGGGUUUUGCACUGAAGACAUCUCAGCUGGCAUUCUCUGAUCCAACCUCUUCUGGAAAGGCAUUGGCAUCAAGAUACUGUGGCACAGCUGCCUUUUUAGCCUACAAAACUUUUAUUUGA